CACACACACAGCACAGCACCGCACAGCUCCACACACAGAGAGAGCAGAUGAUGUUUCGUUUCCAAGCCUUUCUCCCUCUUGCGAAGCGUCUGCGAAUCGUUCCCAACCAUCGCUGCGCACCGUCCAGGAAUUGCAACCUCCUCGCCUGUUCUCAGACUGCCAAGCCCGCAAACCAACAAUCGUGGCAGACUCAAAUCCAAGGAGGGUCCCGCCAGUCUCCCAUUGAUAUUAGAUCUUCUGAAAGUGUACACGACCCGCAACUGACUCCCUUAAGUAUAUCAUAUGACCCGAGCGAUUGUCUUCAAAUUUGGAACAACGGCUAUUCAUUUCUGGUGGAGUUUGAUGAUUCCAAAGACAACUCAGUUGUCAGUGGUGGACCACUGGAGAACCAUUACAAAUUAAAGCAGUUUCAUUUCCAUUGGGGGGCAGAGAAUAAUCGUGGAUCAGAGCAUACCAUCAACAGUCUGGUGUAUCCUGCAGAGCUUCAUUUGGUUCACUGGAAUGCAGAAAAAUUCAGAACGUUUGAUGAAGCCAUUUUUUCCGAAAAUGGUCUUGCUGUCAUAGGAGUGUUUCUGAAGCUUGGAAGAAAACAUGAUGGUCUACAGAAACUUGUAAAUGCAUUACCCGCUGUUAAAUAUAAGGACUCGACUGUUGAAUUCUCAAACUUUGAUCCGAGCUGCAUGAUUCCAUCUUGUUUGGAUUACUGGACCUAUCCUGGCUCUUUGACCACGCCACCUCAAACAGAAUCUGUUACCUGGGUCAUUAUGAAGAAACCCAUUGAAUUUGGUGAUGAUCAGCUAUCUGCGUUUCGUAGUUUGCUUUUUACUCCUUUUGGAGAAAAGCUGGAAAACAUGGUGGACAACUUUCGACAACAGCAGCCUUUAAUGAACCGUGUUGUGCGAGCGACAAUCCUCCAGUAGUGAAGCAACAUUUCCCAAAAGAACACACUCAGCUUGAGAUCUGGAAGAUAGCUCAAAAAAACAUACAAUAAGCCUUAAUAUAUUCAUAUUGUGUUAAAAACUAUUAUUCCAUAAUGUCGGUGCAUUCAGCUGACGUAAGUCAUCAGUGGAUUUGGACUUGACAUAACCAAAGUUCACAUUGUUUGCAUGAGCUGCAAAUGUUUUUAUUGGCAGUAUCAAUAACAGAAAAAUAUAGUUACCAAUCCGUGGAACAGAAAAAUUAGUUUAGAUUAGGCCAUUCAUCCCCUCAAGACUGUUCAGCCAUUCUAUUAGAUCGUGGCUGAUCUGUACUUCAACUCCAUUUACUCGC